AUGCAUGAGAAUGCAUUUCUCAUUUGUAACCUGGUGAAGAGUCGGAUAGAACGGAAGAUCUGCAGUAAUGGCGAGUAUUUCAUCGACGGCAAAUGCCGAAACGCUCAUGUCCGGUACAAACGACAGGGCACGGCCGGCUCGGGACGAGUCGGCGAUUUCUGCUCGUUCAACACUGAUUGUCUCACGGGCAUGUUCUGUUCAACUGGCUCAUGUACGUGCCUAAGCAACUUCGUCGCCAUCCAGGGCUACUGUUACUUGAAGAAAAACCCCGGCGAAAGCGGGUGCCAAUACGCUGAGCAGUGCAGUGCGGUAUGGCCGGAGAGUCGCUGUGAGAAGUCCCGCUGUGAAUGUCCAGAAGACGUCAACGGAAUACCCUAUGUGCAGGCAAAAACUCGUGACGGUGUCAUCUGCAUCCUCCACUCGGGUGAGGACGGCGAUCCCGUGCCAAAAUGUCCUCUGCCCGAAUACGAUGACGAUCUGCUGACGAUGCCCGUCUCACAGCUCAGAACCCCGGCGAAUGACCGAUCUGACGAUGCCGAUGUCGAGAUGGGCGAACAUGUGAAUCCACUACAGUUCUGCACUUCCACCUCGACCGACUACACAACUUUUCGUCGCCAAUGGCGGCCUGAUUUUGUACCUAAUCGCACCACAAUCAACUCAUUGAACAGUAUCAGUCAAUUUCUUGGUCCAUUUGUACCAGGAAUGCUCACUGCCCAAAAUGCUCUGCCUAUACGGAGUUCUGCCAUUCAAUCUUGUUCAGCUUACUACUACGACGCGGAACAGGGUCGCUGUAUCGCGUUCACCUACAACGGUGCUCUCGGAAACUACAACAACUUCAAGUCCUCAGCUGAAUGUGAACUCUUCUGCGCUAAACUGCAGUGCAAGUACGGAACACCGUUGAAGAUUGGUGCCACCAACCAACGCUGUAGCACCAAUGCGGACUGCCCGAGCACCACGAAUGCCAGAGCGAUCACAACGUCUGCUGCCCGCGACCUCUCCGCAUCAGUUGUCCCCAAGGUGAUGCCUACAAGGACUAUCAAGGCAACUACUACGUCUGCUCAAACUCGGUGUCGGAAAUUCCUGCCCAGUGAACUACGAGUGCUACUUCGAUGGCUACGUCUGGGGAUGCUGUCCAACAAAAGAAUUACCUUUGUUCGCUCCGGUAUUGACUUCACCUUUUCAGCCUACACCUGCACACUCUCUCCCCACAAGGGCGUGACCUGUGGCAGUGGAUCGUCCUACCGGUACUUCUACAACAGUCAAACACAAGAAUGCGAAAGCUUCCAGUACAACGGUUGUGAUGGCAACUCAAACAAUUUCGCCACGAGGGACGAUUGUGAGGGAUACUGUAGCGUGGGUGGCUGCCCAUCGGGAGGCACGCCUGAACGCAACGAAUUCGGCCAGUUGAUGGUCUGCUCGUCCACUCAAGUCUGUCCGACCACUCACGAAUGCACAUCGGUGAACUCGGGCAGCAGUGUUGUGAACCGGUGCUGUCCAACUCGGUCCUACAUCUGCUCACUGCCACCUCAGCAGGGCAGCUCCUGCUCCUCAUCGGCUGCUUCUCGCUACUACUUCAACAUCGUCACCAAGGAGUGCACUCAAUUCACCUACAACGGCUGCAGUGGCAAUCUGAACAACUUCGCCACUGUCGAACAGUGCAACAACUUCUGUCUGUCGGCGGCUUGCACUCCCGGAGAUGUGGCUUAUGUGAAUCCGAACACGAAUAUGCCCUACGAAUGCAACGCUGCGCUCAGUAACAGUUGUCCGUCAAACUUCGCCUGUACCUAUGACCAGUUGUCCGCAACCAGCGUCUGCUGUGGAGCUACACAUAUGGAUGUCUGUCCUGAAGGAGAGAAGGCUUACGUGAACGCGGCCGACAUGAGUGUUCGUGAAUGUCUGAUCAACGUCGAAGGAUCCUGUCCGAGCAACUAUCUGUGCCGUUUCAACGCCCUGAAGAAUCGUACUAAUUGCCUGGCGCGCAUCGAUCAACGGGAAGAUACUCUGGCACUGCCCGAAGGCAAACUUUUCAGAAUCGUCCUGCGAAAGCACCCAUCAGCCCCUGAACUCCUCUUUUUAGAUGUACGAUCAGCAGCAGCAGCAACCAAUGUCCUACUGGUUACUCUUGCCAAUCGGAUGUGCCUGGCGCAUUCCAAGGCAUAUGAUUGCUCAGCAAAGCCAUCUCUGUCCGAGAAAAGCCCGAGUCCUUUGAGGCAAGCACUACCCGAUCCACGAUCGUGCACUGUUGGAGCGUUCAUUACCUGCCCGAAUGGCUACAGCUGCCAGAGCACCCAGACCGAGUUCACUACCGGCUUCUGCUGUAAAGGAGAAGUAGCUUCAGCGUCAGACGGCUGCCCACCAAACGAGUUUGUCUACAUGAAGGACGGACAGAUCGCCGCCUGCGACCCGUUCAACCCUCCAAACGCUCCCUGUCCGAACGGCUAUUCCUGCCAGUGGUCGCUGGCCAAUCAACGCUAUCAGUGCUGCGGUUCAACGCCCAUCACAACUCCAAAAUCCAUCGCCGCUCUCGGUUGCCCAAACAACCAGGUGGCUUACCGAGAUGUGGCCACGAAUCAGCCACGAAUCUGCACGGCCGCCUCGCAGAACUGUCCUACCGGCUACUUCUGCCAGUUCUCAACUGCCAACAAUCAGUUCCAAUGCUGUGGAAUGUCUGGUGGAUGUCCGAACGAUUCAGUGGCUUUCAUUGGAAUCACCGGUGAAGCACAGAGUUGCGCUAUUGGACAGAGCAGUUGUCCCAAGGGAUACUCGUGCCAGCGCAGUCUCACUGGAGCGCAGUUGUGCUGCACCACAAAUGAACAAGGUUUGUGGUACACUUAG